CUCUCCUUUCAUAUCUUUCUCACUCUUGAAUCUUUAUUUUGGUUUAUCUCUGUAGACUUCAGUUCUUUUCUUGCGUUUGCGUUUGCGUUUCCGUUUCCGUUUCCGUUUCAUCUCCGCCAUGUCAAGGGCCGAGAUGGAGCCGCUAACUUCAGGGGCUAGCAACCGCAUAAUUCCGAUCCUCAAAACCCUAAGGGCAUUUUUUAUUUUCGCUCAGUCGGUGAUUCUCUCCAUCCUCUUGCUUUUGCUCCCUCGCCGGCGCCCCUCUCAGUCGCAAUCGGCUGAGUCUACGGCCGAGAAUUCGAGGCGGAAAUCGUUGUGGCGCCGGGAAGAAGAGGAUACCUUGAGAAGGAGAGCCCUGGCUGAGGGUGUUCAUAUGGGGUUCGAUGGGGACUCUGUGUGCAAAUGGAGCACGUCUCUUUUCUUCGGAACUAGGCGACAUGCUCUUUUUUACCGCUCUUGGUUCCCGGUCACCGGUGAAUUGAAGGGGAUUUUGAUUAUCAUACAUGGGCUUAACGAGCACAGUGGAAGAUAUGCUCAGUUUGCAAAGCAAUUAACCACGUGCAACUUUGGAGUGUAUGCAAUGGACUGGAUAGGUCAUGGAGGGAGCGACGGAUUGCAUGGAUAUGUUCCCUCACUUGACCAUGUCGUUGCAGACACUGGGGCUUUCUUGGAAAAAGUCAGAACAGAUAAUCCUGGAACACCAUGUUUUCUUUUUGGUCACUCCACUGGAGGGGCUGUGGUUUUAAAGGCAGCCUCCAUUCCUCACAUUGAAGAAAUGCUAGCGGGAAUUGUGUUGACCUCACCCGCAUUGAGGGUUAAGCCUGCACAUCCUAUUGUUGGGGCAGUAGCUCCUAUUUUUUCUGUGGUUGUUCCUAAGUUUCAGUUUAAAGGUGCAAACAAAAGGGGCAUUCCAGUUUCCAGGGAUCCUGCAGCGCUACGUGCUAAGUACUCUGAUCCAUUGGUCUAUACAGGUCCCAUCAGGGUCCGAACAGGCCAUGAGAUACUUCGAAUAUCCUCUUAUUUGAUGCGUAACUUUAAGUCCAUUACCGUCCCAUUCUUUGUUCUCCAUGGAACUGCUGAUAAAGUGACCGAUCCUCUAGCCUCCCAGGAUUUGUACAAUGAGGCAGCUUCCAAGUUCAAAGACAUAAAGCUCUAUGAUGGCUUCUUGCACGACCUUCUGUUUGAGCCAGAACGUGAAGAGAUUGCACAGGACAUAAUAAAUUGGAUGCAGAGGAAGUUAGUUGCUAUCUCCAUAGGAAGUGAGAGUCUCUGGUGAGUUCUCUUUCAGAUGUCAAAAGAAGGAUUCAUGCAUGUUGGGUGCAUCAAAUUUAUCUUUAUAUUAGGUGUUAACUGAUAUAAUAUACGUGAAGUGAUCUUUUUGUCGUUGCAAUUGUAAUUAUAUCCUAAAUUCUAUAUAUUGUGUAGCCUUAUUUUCUGAUUUGGAGACCUUGCCUUCCCACUUGGUCUGGGGGCUUCCUCCAUUUGAAGGGUAUAUAAGUCCAGGAGAAUAGUUACAAGCAUAA